UAUAUAUUUCGCAUAUAUGCGUGUAUAUUAUUGUUUCGAUGCCGCUAGGGUCGGCUGAAUGUAAACUGAAGGAAUCUUUACGAGAACUUUGGCGGUUUCUCUGAACGUGUUUUCAUUUAUUUUGCUGGUUACGUUAAGAUAUGAGUUUACAACUCGGUAAUAUAAUCAGUGAGAAUGCUAAAGAAGAAGCGGACAGAUCGAGCAAAGAAGCGAAUAUACAAAUAAAAUGUAGAACGGAAUUGACAUCUUAUUUUAAAGAGAGUGAUCAUAGCAAUAAUAGCAUUUAUUUUUCGGAGAUUCCAAAAGUGUGUUGCGACGAACCAUGCCAAUUGGGCGUAGACGAAGCAGGAAGAGGUCCUGUAUUGGGUCCCAUGGUAUAUGGAAUAGCUUAUGCUCCGUUGACCCAGAAACAAUUACUCGUAGACUUAGGUUGCGCAGAUUCAAAGAGCUUAACAGAAAAUCAAAGAGACGGUAUCUUUGAUAGAAUAUGCGAAGAAAAUGAUAAAAUGGGAUGGACUGUGGAGGUGAUAUCUCCUAAUGUCAUUGCUAAUAGUAUGUAUCGUCGUAGUAAAAAAUCUUUAAACGAAGUUUCUAUGGAAUCGGCAAUUGGACUGAUCACGCGAGCUGUCGAAGCUGGUGUAAAUGUCAGUAAAGUAUACGUCGAUACGGUUGGUAAACCAGAGAAAUAUCAGGCUCGAUUGGAAGAAAUAUUUCCUCAAUUAGAAAUAGUUGUUGCGAAGAAAGCAGAUUCUACUUAUCCCAUUGUUAGCGCGGCAAGCAUUUGUGCAAAAGUCUGUAGAGAUCAUGCGAUACGCGCGUGGCAAUUCCCCGAAGGUAGUAACGAAACUGAAUACGGCAGUGGAUAUCCUAAUGAUCCAGUAACAAAGAAAUGGUUGACGGCCAAUGUCGACGCUGUAUUUGGGUUUCCACAGAUAGUCCGUUUCAGUUGGUCUACAGCAGAGAAGAUUCUCGAAGCCAAUGCAUUAACCGUCGAGUGGGAAGAAAUGGAGGAUCAUGAAAUACGUAGCGAGCAAAAGAUUUCUAAAUUUUUUGCCAAAUCACCUUUAAAAUCCUACAAGGUUCACGUUAAAAAGCAUGUUUUCUUUACUGAACGAUGCAUUACCAAUGCUAGUACUCUAUGAUGAUCACUCUUGCGGAUUUAUCGCCGUAAUAAAAUUACAUCGUGUAGUCGAAUAUUUUUUUAUGAUUUUAUUUGAUUGGUAUACAAGAUAUUUGGACAGAAUUCUCUUUUUAUAAAUCUCAAUGCUCUGAAAGAUCGGUAAUAUAGCGAUACUUUUUUUCUUCUUCCAUUGCUUAACUUAACAUCAUUUUACCUUUUAAUCUUGCAUAACGUACAUUUUAUUUAUGUACAUAUGUACAAAAUAUUUUUAAAGUCGUCACAUAUGAAAUUUUAGUCGCAUUUAUCUUUACACAUUCUACGACUAUAAUUAACAAUUAGGAAUGUUUAUCGCGAUAAUUUGAAUAUCUUUGGUACACACGCUAGAUUUACAUAGUUUACAAUCAUCCUAAAAUGUGACAUUAUUAUUGUAUGAUUUAUAGCGACUAGAAUGUUAAAAGCUAUGAUGUAGAGAACGCAACAACGAUUUGAAAUGUUA